AAUUCUUUAUAAUUUCAUGAUCUUGAUCAUGAUUCUCUCUUGUUUGAUCUUCAUCCACCUUUUGUCAGAUCUCUAAUCGGUGUUUCCCGCAUGCUCUUCAUCUUCAUCUCCUUCCCGCGCUGUCUUCAACCUUUUUCUUAAUUUAUUCAUUUCAGGUACAUCUUUCCACUCAUCAUCAUCAUCAUCUUCAUCUUCUUCCUGUUCAUCGAAUCUGUAUUUAGGUUUAGCAUAUAUAUAUAUAUAUAUAAAUAAUCUCAAUUCAAUCUAAGAAUCAACUGGAUUUUGAAUCAGAUCAAUAUCAGAUGGCGCCUUCAUACUUUCCACUACGCUGGGAAAGCACAGGAGAUCAAUGGUGGUACGCAUCACCAAUCGAUUGGGCAGCAGCAAACGGACACUACGAUCUCGUCAGAGAAUUCCUCCGUCUCGACGGUAAUCAUCUCAUCAAACUAACAUCUCUUCGACGAAUCCGUCGUCUGGAGACUGUCUGGGACGACGAUGAACAGUUUCUCGACGUUGCUAAGUGUAGGUCAAUGGUUGCUAGAAAGUUAAUGUGUGAAUGUGACAAUAAGAAAGAGAAGAAUUCGCUUGUUAGAGCUGGAUAUGGUGGAUGGCUACUUUAUACAGCUGCAUCUGCAGGUGAUUUAGGUUUUGUUCGUGAAUUGCUUGAUAAGGAUCCUUUACUUGUGUUUGGUGAAGGUGAAUAUGGAGUUACUGAUAUACUGUAUGCAGCUGCUAGGAGUAAGAAUUGUGAGGUGUUUAGGUUUGUUUUAGAUUAUGCUAUUUCGCCUAGAUUCUUGGUGGAGCAAAUUGAACAGGCGAUUCCGAUUGCUUAUACGAAGGAGAUGAUGAAUCGAGCUGUGCACGCGGCUGCUAGAGGUGGUAAUUUGAAGAUUUUGAUUGAAUUGCUUGGUGAUUGCUCUGAUGUUUUGGUUUAUAGAGAUGUUAAGGGUUCAACUAUCUUACAUGCUGCUGCUGCCAAAGGUCAAGUCGAGGUAGUUAAAUACAUUAUAUCAAAAUUCAACAUCACAGAUUCAUUAGAUAAAGACGGCAAUACAGCACUCCACAUCGCGGCUAGAAGAGGCGAAUUAUCCGCGGUCGAAUCACUAAUACAAUCAUCUCCAUCCUCAAUCCACACAAAGAACAACGCCGGAGAAACCUUUCUACACAUGAUCAUUUCCGGUUUUCAAAACCCGAGUUUUCGAAGACUAGACAAACAAAUCGAACUCAUGAAGCAAAUUGUAUGCUCCGCAACAUUCAAAGUCGAAGAAGUUAUAAAUUCGAUCAAUAACGAAGGUAGAACCGCUUUACAUUUAGCGGUAAUUGGAAACAUCCAUUCCGAUCUUGUUGAAUUGUUGAUGAAAGCACGAUCAAUCGACGUUAAUAUUCGCGAUGUAAAUGGAAUGACGCCGCUUGAUCUCCUUCGUCAACGUCCGUUUUUUGCAUCGUCGGAUUUCCUCACACGUCAGUUGAUUUCCGCCGGUGGGAUAUUCAGUUCCGACGAUUACACCGCUAGGAAGACAAUCGCUUCUCAUUUGAAAAUGAGAAGCAUGGGUGGAAGCCCGGGGACUUCUUUCGAAAUCUCCGAUACUGAAAUCUUUUUAUACACCGGGAUUGAGAAUCCUGGUUCGGGUCCUGAUCAUGAUCAGGCUUUUCACCAGGAUCAGGUUUUGAAUCCGGACCAAUUAGUUGGUCCGGGUUCUACUACAAAAAAACGUAAUUCGGUUAGUUACGCAGCGCAGAGAUUGAAACGGUUACUACACUGGCCGAAGAAGAAAGAAAAAAACCCGACCCAAACAACACCAAUACCUCUCCGGGAAAGAUUCUCGAACAACAACAAGCGAACUCUGGCGGUUCGGAGUAAUCUGGCCAGCCCGACAGCGAAGAAGAAACUCGCCUCCGGGCUUGUGGAAGGGGUUAUGCAGGCAAUGCCGCAUAUUUCUUCGACUCCACGAAGAUCAAGGUCUAAUUCGCUAUCGAAAUCUUCAAUAUCUUCCCCUAAUUCGAUGGAAAAAGUGAAAGGGAUGUUUGUGGAGGAUCAUGUUGGUGGAAUGGAGAUAACUGAGGUGGGAACUCCUCCUAGUUUUGUGCAUAAACAGGGGUUGGUUAAUAAGAGUUUGAUGAACCAGUAUUUGUGUUUUGGGGCACCGGGUCAGUUUGUUAAGGAUCCGAAUCAGAUUUUCAAGCCAACUGUUCUUUCGGUGGCUUGAAUAUGUUUGUUAAUUAUGUAACGGUAAUAUUUGGUUCGUUUAUGUUUCUUAGAUAUAUAUAUAUGUAUGUGUUACAACUAUUUUGUCUAA